AUGAUAUAUGUCAACUAUAUCUUGGGACUUCUGUCCCUCUUACGCACUGCUGUAGCCACAGCUCCUGAUUAUGUCGUGGUAGACCAACUGAACAGCAUCCCCGAUGGAUGGACAAAAGGCGCAGCUCCCCCGCCAUUUACUCCGAUGAAGUUCUGGUUGUCGAUGCAUCACGAGUACAAGGCGGAAUUCGAGCAGAAAGUCAUCGAUAUCUCGACACCCGGUCACCGGGAUUAUGGACGGCAUAUGAAACGCAACGAUGUCAUGGCCUUUAUGCGCCCAUCCGACCAGGUCUCAAAGAUCAUCUUCUCUUGGCUUGAGUCGGAGCAUGUUCCACCAAAUGCCAUCGAAGAUCGCGGGGAUUGGGUCGCCUUCACAGUCCCGUUGGCCCAAGCACAAUCAAUGAUGAAGACCGAUUUUUACAACUUCCAUCACCUGGAAACAAACACAACCCAAAUUAGGACCCUCAAGUACUCCGUUCCCGAGCAAGUCGAUGCUCAUCUGCAAAUGAUCCAGCCAACGACUCGCUUCGGCCGACCUAAGACACAAACCAGCCUACCGAGCCUCAUGCCAGUGUCGGUUAACAUUGAUGAAAUAAGCGAAGACUGCUUAACAGGCGUGACGCCCACUUGCCUUCGCCAGCUCUAUGGUUUACCUAGCACCAAGGCGAGUCCCGACUCGAGAAAUGUCCUCGGAAUUUCCGGCUAUCUGGACCAGUACGCGCGCUACAGUGACCUCGAGGAAUUUCUAGAUGUAUACUCUCCAAACAGCAUAGACGCCGACUUCUCCGUAGUUUCAAUCAACGGAGGCCAAAACCCACAAAACUCACAAGAGGGAAGCACAGAAGCCAGUCUCGACAUCCAAUACGCCCUCUCCAUGGCAUUUGACGCUAACGCGACCUUCUACACUACCGCCGGACGUGCGCCAUCCGUCUCGGACUCGGGUACGGUGAGCACCGACGGCUCGACCAACGAGCCGUAUCUCGAACAGCUCCAGUAUCUGGUCGGUCUUCCGGACGAGGAGCUUCCUGCAGUGCUUAGCACGUCUUACGGCGAGGAUGAGCAAAGUCUGCCGGAGGAAUACACAGAAGCCACGUGCAAUUUAUUUGCCCAAUUAGGUGCACGCGGGGUCUCGGUGAUCUUCAGCAGCGGAGACUCGGGCGUCGGAGGAUCGUGUGUAUCUAACGACGGAAGCCAGAGGACCCGCUUUCAGCCUAUCUUUCCGGCGUCGUGCCCGUUUGUUACAUCCGUGGGUGGGACUGAGGGCGUCGGGCCGGAAAAGGCUGUGGACUUUUCGAGUGGAGGGUUCUCCGAGCGCUUUGCUCGACCGUCGUACCAGAAUGCGAGUGUGGAAGCGUACCUUGCCCGCUUAGGAGAUAAAUGGGAAGGAUUGUAUAAUCCAGACGGACGGGGUAUUCCUGAUGUGUCGGCCCAGGCUAGCAACUAUGUAAUCAGGGACCAUGGGCAAUGGCUACAAACUGCUGGAACAAGUGCUGCCGCCCCUGUAUUUGCAGCAGUCAUCUCUCGACUGAACGCUGCACGUCUCGAGCAGGGUAAACCUACGCUAGGGUUUCUGAAUCCUUGGCUGUACUCACUCGACCAGAAAGGAUUCACGGAUAUCGUAGACGGCGGAUCAGUGGGUUGUGACGGGUCAAAUGGAGGAGCUCUUGUCCCGUAUGCCAGUUGGAAUGCCACAAAGGGAUGGGAUCCGGUUACUGGGCUGGGGACGCCUCUGUAUCAGACUCUGGAGCAGUUGGCGCAGUCUGCUUAG